AUGUCUUACAAUUACGGCCCUCCUCCUCCGCCGCCCGGGCCGGCACCUCCGGCACCUAGCGGCUCAGCUCCAUAUGCUCAUCCUUAUGGACCUCCGACCGCACGUGGUGGCCACAGCGCUAGAGGUCGAGGCGGGCCUGAUCGUGGCACCUACCAUCAGACAACAACUCCUGGGCCUUCUCCCUCCUAUCCGUACGGUGGUCAGCACCCACAGUCUAUGUACAGCCCUGGCGCUCAACCAGCUGCCCCCUACACGGGCCCCCAUCAACCAGUCUAUCCUCCUUCCCAGCAACAUUGGACUCCUAGCGCUGCGCCAGCUACGUCGCAGCCUCCGGCGGCUCCCAUUCCUCCUCCGGGCCAGAACUAUCAAGCCAGUUAUGCUACUCCGCCUCAGGCUUAUCCCCCUCAGCAUGCUCCGUAUGGCGGUCACCCCCAGCCUCCCUAUGGUCAACACUCUGUCCAGCCCUACAACAAUGGUUACCCGCAGUCUUCGUUCAAUGCUCCUCCUAAUGUCAACCAGUCUUGGAGUGGCCAUCCGCAACCUCCCUCAAACACGCCCUAUCCUGGCGCUGGUCGCGCCCGCGGUGCUCAUAAUGAUCGCAGUGCCCCAAAGGGUCCUAUUGUUGCGCCCCCAAUUCGAUUGGGCUUUGAUGCUGGGAAUCCUUCAGCUUCACCGGCUCCAGUGAGCACUCAUUACCCAUAUGGGGCUCCUCCUCCCGCUCCUCCAGCGCCGUACCCUGUUCCUCCUGUCACUAGCUAUGCCCCUCCUCCACCGGUGUUUUUACCGACCAAGCCUUCGUUUGAGAGCCGUCCAGGUCACGGCUCGCGCAAUCUGGGCCGUGGUGGCUAUCACAAUAACAACCGCUCCAAGCUUCACAACAACAGCAUGAACAACCGUCAUCGCGCCCAGAACCGGAGCACUGGAUCGUCAGCUCCGCCGCAGCCACAGCGCUCUGAGGUUCAUUCUGGAGGGAAGAAGAAGAAGCGCAGGACCAACACACUGGGUCUUACGCCUGUAGAAAAUGAUGCCGGAUCUCAAGCGGAUUCCGACAACGACGAGAAUGAGGAGGAGCGGCUCAAUGAACUCUAUGGCCUUGAUGCGCCCAAUCCUCAAACUGAAUCUGAGAUAGCUGCCUGGAUCGCCGAGCGGCGAGCCAACUACCCCACCAAGGCCAAGAUCGCAGCUAGGAGGAAGGCAGAAGAAGAGCAGCGGCUUGAAGCCCGCAGGGAAAAGCUACGUAAGAAGCUUGAGGAGGUUGAGUCCACUAUCAAGCGCAAACGUGCUCUUGAUGACGAUGGCGACGAUGUGAGGGACCGCGAUGCCACCCUAUCGCGGUCCAGCACGCCCUCAUCUGAUGACGAAGCGCCUGAAGUUCUAUCAUCUCGUCAGGAAUCCAAUGUUCCCCCUCCCCCCAAGAAGGCAGACACCCGUCAGCCAUGCAAGUACUAUUCCUUUGGUGGCAAUUGCGGCAAGAAGGACAAGUGCCGAUUUGUUCAUGAUGACGAACUCCGGGAGAAGUCUGUCCGUGAACAGCGUGAAAACGGUGGCCGCUUGACGCUGAGACAGCGUCUUGCACUUAAUGACAAAGAAAUCAGGGACCGUGCAUGCAUCGAGACACUCAUAUACUUGCGCCAGCGGAACGUUUUACCUCCCAAGAAGGAAGUCCAGGCCGUCACAUCUACUCCGUCCAACGAGAACGGUGACAACAAGGAACCCUCGUCGCCAGCCUCUGGGGGUAACGCAAGUCCUCAUACCGCUUCUCCCGAAUCGCGCACCAACCAAAACUCCAAAGACAUGUCCGCAGCCCCUUCUCAAGGCGCCUCAGGCUCUUCUGAUCGAGAAGGCAAGAGCCUCGGCUUCAAGAUAUACCCAGUCCUGCCCGAGGCAUCAAGCGGCAUGGUUAUUGGGGACACCGGCCCAACAAGAGGCUUCGGCUCGAAGCUUUGCAGCUGGGGCCGCGGUCUUUCCCAAACAGAGCGCCGUGUUUCACAGCCCCAAGGCCGCGUCUGA